AUGGUGACGAUCGGAAGGCCUUCAUCAGAGACUACCUUGCAGCAGCUGGCUCUUUUGCGAUAUGAACCCAGCCAGGACGUCGGUGCGGAUGACGGUCGGGAGCAGGUCGUUUAUGGCGUGGAUGGCUCGCAACAAACGGGAUCCGAGAAGUUUCACGCACUGGCAUAUCAUCUGACUCGGUCGCACCAGAGUCCUGAAGACAACAACACCGCGAGCCCGGAAAAUAUGGGCACCUCGCACCAAAUUAGUCACCAAGACUCAGAAUUCCGCGGCAAGUUCAUCCCUCUUUUCAAAUCCUUCAAAGAGCAGUCGACACCACCUCCCCGCCGGCAGGAGCCCCGCAUUGUUUACCUCCCGCUUAGCUUGACUGACUCGCAGAUGGAUCGACUGGCAUCUGUGCUGUCCUCCGAGAGCGACAACGAGCCGCGUCCUCGAGGCAGGGCCAGGAUUGAUGACCAGAAAGCCGACACAAUGAGCAAAACCGGCGAGGACCAUCCGGCACCGAGGAUGCGGUCCCGGUCGCCCGCAAAGACAUACCAGUCUACUAUUGCCCCUCUCGCGCGCUCUCGUUCCCCAGCUCACGCUCACAUGGCGGCCCCGCGUGUUGGCAAACAGCCUGCGGUUAUCGUCCACAAUCCUUCCGAGCGAACGCCCUCUCCCGUCCGUCAGCCCAGUCAGUAUCCCAUGGUGGACGAUUCGUCGUUCUAUUACUUGCGAGACUCGGCUGGAGAGCGCUGCCCUUCCCGUAUCGGCCCUCUCCAUAUUCACAGGGACAACGAACCCAAGCAUCUCAGCAUUCUUCAAGAGUACAUCGAUCAGAGGAGUUCGGUGCGGGACUCGGACAGGGCAUUACUGGAGCUUAAUCAUCAGGGCACUCAGGAUGAAGCCUCCAGCGGCGCAGAGCUUGCCUACACUCCGCUGGCGCCCUUUCUUUCCAAGGAUGUCCCGUCCAUCGAAGGCAACCAAGACAAUUGUUCCCAGCGCAAGUCGCGCGAAUCUGACAAGAGCCGGCCGCCCUCGCGCCAGCUGGCCAUUUCGCUUAGCCCGGGCGAGCAGAGCCUUCUCUACUGCGAGCUCGAGUUCAUCCUCACGACGGCGAUCAACGACUACAUCACGGCGAAGUUCGCCGCGGGGCGGUUUGAGGCCGAUUGGCUGAAGGAGGUGGUCGGGUUCCGCUACGACAUGGAGACACAGUUCGACCUCGUGCGCAUGCACGUCAACGACUUCAAGUUUUACUUGCGUGUUGCUGCGUCGACGGCCAUUUUGGGGGUUAUCGAUACGGCAAAGGCUAAUGCUCGUGUUCUGCGUGUCAGGACCUUCUGCCAGCCUGAUACUGUUAUUGCGAAGCAGUUGCUCGCUGCCCAGGGCUUGUUCAAUAUCCUCGGCUGUCCAGAGGACCAGCAGAUCAAGUUGGCGGAGAUCAUUGCGUUCUUCAAGGCGGUUAUUGAGAGGCAGCGCAUCCAGGCGCUGCAGGGGCAACAGUAG